UCCCCUUUCUGCACCCAGCGCCACGAGCGUCUCUCUUUCCACGUUCCACCCCUUCGCCGUACAGCCAAGACUGGUUUUUUCGACUCUCUGGUGGGAUUGCGCUCCUUUGACAUCUCCGGGCUGGGGGCUACAAGGCAAACUUUCUACCUGUUCCGGGCACAGGAGGACUCGUUUUCCCUUGGCGCAGGAGGACUGGCCAUCGGGAGGAUGGACCCGUUGGCUCUGCUGUGGCUGCUCUUUACCGCCUGUGGCCUUGACCGAGCUCGGGCCGUGAACCCCUUUGCGGUGCAGCAGAGUCCGCCGGACCCUUGCUAUGACGAGAAAGGGGCUCCCCGACGCUGCAUCCCGGAGUUUGUCAACGCUGCCUUUGGAAAGGAAGUCCACGCCUCCAGCACGUGCGGGAAGCCCCCCACCCGCCACUGUGACGCUUCGGACCCCCGCAAAGCACACCCGGCCUCCUACCUCACCGACCUCAACAACGUGGCCAACAUGACCUGCUGGCGCUCCGAGACCUUGCACCACUCGCCCCAGAACGUCACCAUCACCCUCUCCCUGGGCAAGAAGUUCGAGGUGAUCUACGUGAGCCUCCAGUUCUGCUCCCCCCGCCCCGAAUCGGCGGCCGUCUUCAAGUCCAUGGAUUACGGCAAGACCUGGGUGCCCUACCAGUAUUACUCCUCCCAGUGCCGUAAGAUCUACGGCAAAUCGAACAAGGCCGCCGUCACCAAGCAGAACGAACAGGAAGCUUUGUGCACGGACGGCCACACGGACCUGUACCCGUUGACGGGAGGACUGAUUGCCUUCAGUACCCUGGAAGGGCGUCCCUCCGGCCAGGAUUUUGACAACAGCCCUGUCCUUCAGGACUGGGUGACGGCCACCGACAUCAGAGUCAUUUUCAGCCGUCCCCAUUUGUUCCGGGAGCUGGGAGGCCGGGACCAUGAGGACGAGGAGGGUGGGAUGAGCUCGUCUUCUUCGUACUACUAUGCAGUGGGGGAGUUCCAGGUGGGGGGGCGUUGCAAGUGUAACGGCCACGCGUCGCGCUGCGUGAAAGACAAAGAGGGCAAGCUGGUGUGUGACUGCAAACACAACACCGAAGGGCCUGAGUGUGACAGAUGCAAACCCUUCCAUUAUGAUCGUCCGUGGCAGAGGGCCACAGCCCGGGAGGCCAACGAAUGCUUAGCUUGCAACUGUAACCUUCAUGCCCGCCGCUGCCGAUUCAACAUGGAGCUCUACAAGCUCUCCGGGCGGACGAGCGGAGGCGUCUGCCUCAACUGCCGCCACAACACCGCUGGCCGGCACUGCCACUACUGCAAGGAAGGCUUCUACCGGGACAUGAGCAAGUCCAUCACUGACCGCAAGGCCUGCAAAGCCUGCGAUUGCCACCCAGUUGGUGCAGCUGGGAAAACCUGCAACCAGACCACCGGGCAGUGCCCGUGCAAGGAUGGCGUGACGGGGCUAACCUGUAACCGCUGCGCAAAGGGCUACCAGCAGAGCCGCUCGCCCGUGGCUCCGUGCAUCAAGAUUCCCGCCAUCAACCCUACAUCUGUUGUCACCAGCACAGAAGAACCAGCAG